AUGUACAAAUAUAUUUUAAAUAAUGUGCUUAAUAAUUCAGAACAAAAUGAUGCUAAUGAGGAUCCACAAUCCUAUGUGGUUGUUGGCCAAGAUUUUGAAAAACCAGUUUCAUUAGAGGGAAGUGUAGUUAAUGAUGAUGAUGAGGCGUAUGAUUUAUACAAUAGUCAUGCAUUUAGGAAUGAUUUUGGUACUAGCAAGGGUAAAAAGGAGUAUAGAAGUGGUACUAGAAUAGUUCGACCACGGAGAACUGGAUGCAAGGCUUCAGGUCAGUUUGAUGUUGAUAAGAAAACUGGAGUGUAUGUUCUUUCCAAACACUGCCGUCUGCAUAACCAUUCAAUGGUUCCUGCUAAUAAGAGAUACCUUAUUAGGUCACAUAGGCACAUUUCAAAAGAACAGUUGGCUUUUCUUACUACUUUUACUUGUAGUGGCACUAAGCUUGCUGAUAUUCUUAGAGCUAUGAGGAAAGAAGUCGGUGGUGAGGCGCAUUUAGGCUUCACGAUUUCCGAUGCAUAUGAUGCUGUUACAGCAGAGAAGAAGAAAAUUUUGGAUGGUUGUGAUUCAAAUCAGUUGAUCAGAUGGUUCGCUAUGAGACAAGCUAAUGAACACGACUUUUAUUAUGAUUUUCAACCUAAUUAA